GUGCACCGAUAGUGCGUGUAUCACAACCUUUUCCUAUAUAUGGUUAUCCUACACUCAUUUCUACGGAUCAGUGCCAAGUCCAAAACACAGAGAGAGACCAAAGAGAGGGAGAGAUUUUUCCGGAAGAAUUUCUAGGGUUAGGGUUUACAAAGCCAUGGGAGGAGGAGCCGUGAGAGCGGUGGCGAAGGUGACCGGAUUCGGAGUCACGAGCGGCGGCAUCCGAGGCGUGCCCGCCAUGCCGCCUGCCGAGCAGUCUGUGCGCAACGCCUCCCGUCCAGUCUCGGCUAUCCUGUCGACUUCGUCAUCGGAGCCGGUCAAGGCCGGCUCCGUUGACGCGUCGGCGGCACAUAUUUCAGCGGCGUGGGACGACUGGGAGUUCGCCGGGGAAGAGCUGUCGAUGGCGUCGGAGGAGCCGAAGCCAAGGGUAGUCUUCGGAGGCGCGCCGAGCUUCCAGGAGGCGAAGGAGGCAACCACUGAAUUGAAAGACGCUCUUGAAAAGGUAUAUCUGUCAUCACCUAAAUCCACUGGAUUUGGUGAUCCAUUUACUGCUGAUGAUGUUUCUGGCCUGGCACUACUUUCAAACCCUGAAUUAGAGACUAAAUCAUGCGUCACCCUUGAGGCUACACCAACUCCUCCUCCAAAACCCGUCCUUCAGGCAUUCAAGUUACUCAGUGGAAGCACUGAAGUUCAGAGUGUUGUUGCUUCCAUUGCCAGUGACCCAAAUGUCUGGAAUGCUAUGUUUGAUAAUCCUGUGCUUAAGGAUUUCAUGCAGUCACAGCAGAGAAAUGAUGAGAUUCAGGAGAUUGAAGAGAUUCAGGAGAUUGAAGAAUUAUUUGAAUCAAGGGAAACUGGGAAGUCAAAGAAUGUGUCUUUUGAUAUUAUGGAUACGAUGCAGAACAUUAAAGUUACAGUUGUUGAGAUGGUGAGCAACGUGUCCAAUUACCUUCAGAACAUCUUUGGAUUUUCAAAAGCAGAUGACAAUUCUUCCGAGGCCAAUGGAAACAACACCAGCGCGACCUUCAUGGAUAGGACCCUAGGUGCGUCCUUCAUGGGGUUGGUGGCGAUGGUUGUUAUGGUGGUUGUGUUGAAGCGUGUCUAGACUUUAUAGGCAUAUCCCUUACUGUGAAUUUGUCGAACUUACAAAUGUAACGUGGUUUUUCUACCAGGAUGCCAUAAAUAUAAUAAUAUACAUAAAUAAGGAUUGUGUCUGA